AUGCUCGACACAGCAGAGGUCCUUUCGCUGACUGCAUCCAGCUCUGACAAGGUUGCAGGUGCUGUCGCCCAGGGCACGCACAGCAUCGAGCAGUUGCAGCAGCUCUGCACAGAAGUCACAUGCUCUGCUGACACAUGCUGCCUGCUGUGGCUGCUCAAUCGAGCCACCAAGCUCACCAUCCUGGUGGCCUCUUACGGCCGCAGUUCCAUGGAUAACUUACUCAACAGGCAGCUACGCCCGGCAAAAAAUGUCAGUGCUAUGAAGAUAAUGCUGUACUCAGAGUGUCGGUACGAGGACAUGCGGAAGGACAUGCUGCAAGGCAUAGAACACCUGGGAAGAGUCUUGUUUGAUGGAGGGGAUGUUGUUCUCUAUCUGCCCGCCAACAUUAAGUGGGAGGUUGCUAUUUUCGAGGGCGGCAAGAUCGCCCUGGAGUUUGAGGACGUGACCAAGUUUGUCAGGACAGGCGACAUUCAAUACAACACCGGUCCCAGUGUGUAUGAAGAUGAGUCUGCGGAAGGAGAGGAUGAAGGAGAGGACUAUGACUAUGACGAAGAUGAAGAAGACGGAAUGUGGGGCCAUGGCAAUCACUAUGCAUAUGGCGUCCGUGACAGUGACGAUGAGUAUUACUACAAUUAG